AUGAAAUCUCAUAUGAACUAAAAGAAGGGAGUAAAUGCAUUGGACAAAGAAAGCAAGGAUAAAUUAAAUCAGAAUUAAAAUUAGCCACUCAAAAAAUAAUACAACUAGAAAUUGAUGAGGUCGAAAUCAAAUAACAACCCGAAUCAUCCUAAAUAAGCAGUCACUGUUGAUCUUUUCGAAAAUGGAGAGAAUAAGUAAAUUCAGGAAAAGAAUAUUAAAAAUGAAGUCAGUUUUUCUGGUUAGUCAGAGCGAUAAAGUUUACAAGGGUAAGAUAAAGGAGGUAAAGAUAAAAAAAUAAUCAAAGCAUAGCUAAAUUUGUCAAGUAAUAACCCAUUUAUUUUGGCUUCAGAAACAAAAAAUUAAAACAGCAGUAAGGAUUUGUAAAAUUAAAUGCUCAAUUCUCCAAUUAAAGAAGAUAAAAUCUAAAAAACUUAGGUAUUAAUAUCAUAACUUGAUGCUCUGUCAGUGUUAAGACGUUUCUAAUAGCAACAUUGGACAUCAUUUGGUUCUCAAAGUGGAGGUCUGGGAAUUGAGACAUAUCUUGCUGUGAAGCAUGUCCAUUUCAAAAAGUAUCGACUGAAUAUCUACUUCUUGCAAAAAGCAGCUCUAAGAAUUUAACACUGGUUUUUCAAAAGAUUGGCAUUAAAACAGUAAAAAUUCAAAGUGGGUAUACCAUUGCCAAAAAGGAUGAUAGAUGAAAUUCCUCUUACUAUUGAAGAGAAAAGAAUGGAGAGUUUAAAGAAGUAAGUAAAAGAAAAAGUUAGCGAGAAUGAGCAUUCUAAACAAGAGAAUAGUAGUAGCAAAUCUUUGAGAGCAUCCACAGAAUUCAAGAACAGAAGAUAUUAGAAUGAUAACUAUCAUAGCAACUAAUCUAAGAAUUCUCCUGAUAAAUUUAGGCAAAUGUUCUCAAUAACUGAGAAACCAAAAGAUAAUGAUGACUUUAGUGAAAAAUCCAUAAAGUUUGAUACUACAACUGCUGCUAUUCAAAAAGUAUUAGAGGAAAGAUCCAUGAGAAAACUUGAAAAGACAUUCUCAUAACCAUCUCAAAGAACUCCAAGAAAGUAUAGUAAUAGUGAUAAAUUUAAACUCUUGCAAUCUUAUGAAGAGAAAUCCUACUACAAACUUAUUCCAACAAAAGAACUAAAGGAAAGUCUGACAGAGUAAAAAGCAAAUGAAAUAUUCCAGAAUUACAACAGGGAGAGGGAUUACAUGUCAAGAAAUAGAAGUAAGAGUGGUGGAUCAAUGAAUAGAGAUUCAACAAUAAGUUUCUAAUCGCCAGAAAAGAUUCAGAGAAUUUUAGUUCAACAGAACUUAAAAGAUGAUAGUGGUAAAUCAAGCAAUCCAUUUUAGCAAUAAAAUGUAUAAUGGGAAACUCCAAGUUAACAAGAAAAGAAAGAAUUUCAAAAUGCGACUAAAAGUAAUGCUAUUUCGAGAUUUUAGAGCCCCCCAGAAGUUCUUGAAGAUGAGGGAAAUAGCAAAGUUCAAGAUGUUAAGCAACUUUCAAGCUAAAAGAAAAAUAUGAAUAAAUCACCAGUAAGAUAAUAAUAGGAUAAAAAGUAAAUUCAACAAUUGCAACCUGUAAUCCAAGAUCAAAAGUAGAUUUAAAGUGAAAUCAUGAAAGCUUAAUCGGAAAGUUUAAAUAAAAAAUAGACAAUGAGCUAAAGAAAUUAAAAUAUCAACGAUGGGGUCGGUUAAUCUUCUUAAGAUUCAAGAAUCAGUUAGAACAGUCCAAUAAAGCAAUCUUUGCCUAAUCAAUAGAGAAGAUAGUCAGUUCUUUAGUCAGGAUCCUAGACUAGGAAAAGCUAAAGUAACAUAAAAAGCUAUAUCCAAUCUAGGAUGAAUGAAUCAAGCCAGACUGGAAGAGAAUCUAAAAAUUCAAAUGCAAAUGAUGGGUAUGAUGUAGCAAUAAAAAAAGUAAAUGAAAUAAAGAAAAUUGAAAAGGACGAGCUUACUAAAAAGAGAUAAAGUGUUAAUAUCACUUCUAAUAGUUUCCUGUCUUAGUAUUCAAAGGAUAAAAAUGUAGAUAAAACCCCCCUUAAAAAUCAAAAGUUUGAGAACAAAAUUGAGGAACCUAUUCCUUAGAAAUAAACCAUUUUGUUUAAAAAGAUUGAUAAUCCAUUAUCUAAAUCAAUUGAUGCACCGAUUUCUUAAUCUUAGUUCCUUCAAAAUCAAUUGACCAGUUACACAGAAAUAAAGGAAAACAAAUUAUUACCUCAUAGUCGGCAAGAGAGUAAUGAAAUAAGACCAAGAUAAAAUCCACCAUAGCCAACACCUCUUGAUAAUGUCGAAGUAAUAAUUGAAAAACCAGCUGAAAUUGCUCAGUCAUAAGAUAAGAGAAGAAGCAAUAAUAAGUCAGUUGACAUGACGAGCAAUCAAAUUUAGAAUGUUCUUAAAAAUUAACCUCAGCAAAAGAAUCUAGAAUAAACUUUAAAACCUUUGAAUAGUAACAGAAGAUCAACAAUAUUUUAGCCUGCACUUUAAUCAGCAAGAUCAGAGAGAUAAAGUCUGGUUAAAGAUUUUAUGGAAGUUAAAAGAGCACUUGCUUCUCCCAGAUAAGAUCAUAAUAAAAUUCAGAUUAAAUAAGUUGAAUAAGCUAAAAAAGACCAUGUUCAAUCUUAGCCUAACAUUAAGCAAGUAUUCAAUCAAUAAGUCGCACCAAAAUCUUAAUUGCAGUAGUUAAGAGAAAAUAGAGAAGAGCUAUCUUAAGAUUAAAAAAUUAAUGAAUUUAAAGUCUUAAAAAUGUAGCAUCCAAAAAAUAAGGACAACAAGCACUCUCUUAAUAGUUCUUAAAAUAUAACUUUGAAUAAUACUUUAUAAUCGACUAACCAAAAAGAAUCUGUUCCUAAACCAGUGUCAAGAGAGUUCUCAUUCAAUGACUAGUUAUAGAGCUAGAAUUAGUCAAGUUAGCAAAGCUAAUAAAAGCCUUCAAAUCAGAUAAGCAAGCAACAAAAUUAGGUUAUUAAGAAGCCACAAUAGUAAAGCGUCAAACAAUAAAUUAGCCAUAAAAAAUCACCCUCAUAAGUAUCUGAUUCGCAACUUUCCUAAAUUUAGAAAGAAAAGGAUAAAAUUUCAAAAAUUGAAUCAAUUGCACCUAAAAGAGAGCAGUUGAAAUAACAAGCACUAACACAAAGAUAACCAGUAAAAUAAGCUAUCAGUAAUCAUCUUGCAGUACCUAAUUAGACUAAUUAAAGUACAGAUGAUGAUUAGGUAGUUAUACAAACCAACUCAAGCAAUGAAAGACCUAAACAUUCUCUUAAAAGCUACCUAAUCACAGUCGAAAAUACAAGUAAGUAAGAGAAUAGUGAAGAGAAGAUUAAGGAUUCAAGAGCAUAAACUGUAAAAGACAAUUUAAGAACUUCUUCGUUGAAGCAUGAAGCUCCUUCAGCAUCAGUCCAUCUCCAAAAGCCUCUAUUAGAUAAAAACAAUUUAGUAGUUGAUGGUAGGAUGUCAAGGAACAAUAGUUAACUUUCAAUUAGUAGCUCUAGUGCUGGUACUAGUCAAGGAUUGAAUACUAGUCUAUUGAUGAAUACAGAGUCUACAAUUCUCAAGAGAAGCAAUAAAUAUCAGAGUUCAAACUUAACAAACUCGUUAGUCACUAAAUCGAUAGCUCUUUAAAGAGUUCAAAGGCAAUCAUUAGAUCAGCCUAUAAGUAGAUUGAAACAAAAUGAGUUGUCUGGUGGAACUGGGGUGAUAAGCAAGGAUUAACUUUCCCAGAUUAAAAAAGAAAUCCUUAAUACCCAUGACGAGAUCAAAAGUGUGAUUUAGCCCAAGAAAAGACUAUGA